ACAUGUGUUAACAAACUUUAGUUCAAGGCCUAAUUGUUCUUUGAAAACCUUGGAUUUGAGAUUUUUGUACCGACAUGCAUUUAUUGAAUAAUUAAUGUACAUAUAUUUUCCUUGAACUUCUAACAAUGAUGCUGAUUACACAGUGGCUUGAAUCCAUUCUGAGAAAUUAAAUGGCACUCAGCCCUCCUGUAAUAUAGAUAGCUUAAAGUGCCUACACCUUUUAUGCACGAGGUCUGCCACCCCAUUUUAAUGAAUGAUAUCGUGACAAUCUUUUUCUGUUCCAUAUACAACUAGCUCGUUGAAAGCAGUCUUGACUAUCUCAAUAAUGACACAUUGAAUAAUCUCAGGAACUGUUUAGUAACAUAUAAAGACAAAUUAGGCAAGACGGAUUAAAAACACUGGACAAGUAACAUCCACAUGCUGAGUGGCAAAUUCAGUCGUGCACUGGUUGAUAAAAACCUAUGAGGUAAUGUCUGAUAAUAACAAAGAACUAUUAACUCAGAACUUCUCUCUCUUAACUUGGCAAGUAAGUAUUUAUGUACUGUAGCUAAUAUUACCUCUAUGUUACAUGUUGACAAUGUGUAAGUAGGAACUUGUAAAUUAUUAGUGAUAGAAGUUGUGUGUAAAAUGUAGAGUUUGUAGGUUGGAGGAGAAGUUGGAGGCUAUUCUAAUUAUAGUAGAGGCAAUAGAUAGAGAGAAAUGUAGACUGGGAAAUGGUAGCAGGAUUUCAAGAGAAGCAUAGGCUAUUACAUAACAGGCAUCGACACGAAUGUCUGAUUUAUAAUUCAAAAUACUUUAUGUGAAAGAAAUGGAUGUAGCAUGCUGUGAAGUGAAAUUCUAGAAACUUUACAUUUUGGAAAAAUGUCGGAUUUUGGGGUCCAUUAUUAAUUUCGAAGAGGAUUAUAUUAUCAACCAGGUUGUACUGUUUAGCAAUGAAUUUGUUUCAAGGAAAUAUUGACAGGUUUGGGGGGAUAACUGUUCACACAGAGAAGUGGAAUUUGUCAGAUUCAGAGUUUCAGAACCGACUUGAAGCUUCCCUCUCAGAAUGGCAGGUAAAUGGAAACAGAGGAAUAUGGUUUAACGUACCUCUUCAUCAAGCUGGUUAUGUUCCUAUUCUCUCGAAAAAUGGGUUCACAUUUCAUCAUGCCAAACCAUCAUAUGUAAUGAUGAUAAAAUGGCUACCUAAAAAUGAACCAAAUCUUCUGCCCUCAUACCCUCAUACAUAUAUAGGUGUUGCUGGUCUUGUGGUGAAUGAAAGAAACCAGAUUUUGGUAAUCCAGGAAAAAUACCACACUAGACCCCACUGGAAAUUACCUGGAGGGUAUGCUGACCCAGGAGAAGAGUUUGGGGAUACAGCUAGAAGAGAGGUUCUGGAGGAGACAGGCAUUGAUACAGAGUUUGUUUCUAUAGUAACACUACGACAUCAUCACAAACACCUAUUUGAAUGCAGUGAUUUGUAUGUGGUUUGUGAGAUGAAACCUUUAAGUAGAGAAAUCUCUGUUUGCAAACAUGAGAUUUCACAUUGCCAGUGGAUGGAUAUAGAAACCUACAAAAAUCAUCCUGAAGUUUCUGAAAUGAAUCAGUUUGUCAUUCAGGCAUACUUGGAUCAACAAAUAUGCAGGGCUUCUGUGCAAGUUCAUGAUGUGCUAUCGUUCAACAGGGACUGCUACCAAAAGAUAUACUGUAUAAAAAGUACAGAAUCAGUUUCUGGAAGUUGAUGUUAAAGCAAUGAUUAAGAACACGUGCAAAAAAAAUAUAAUUCUAGGAAAUGCCACUUUACAUUUUUUUGUAUAAGGAUUAAUACUAGUUAUGAAUAUAACUAUUUGCCAUUUAUGUUUUUCAUGUGAUAAUUUGUAUGAAAUUAACAAAUGGAUAAACACAAUUCUUAUUCAAACUAUUAUAACACAUAGCUACCAAUAUGAGUACUCAUGAAACAUUUAGAAUUUGCUAUUAGUUUUACAAGACAUAAUUUAAACAACAAACAAUUAUGAAAGAGAAAUAUCAAAUUUUAUUUUUAUUAUUUAAUAACAUUUGUAUCUCUUUCACCUUCUUGCAAACCAUUUUUAGCUACCUUGAAUCUACAUGAGUGAAGAUUUUUAGAUAAACUAGGGGGGGGGGGUCCAGAUCCAGGUCCAAGUAGUUUUACCCCAAGUUUGUAUAUUGGCAUAUGUUUGUUACACCAUGUUUUACGCCAUUUUGAAAGGCUUGAAGUAUUAAUUUAAAGUGAGACUAAAAGCACCAAAUAAUUUGUAUAAGCUAUGUACUUGUUUAUUGGUGUAAAAGAUUUGCACUUCUGAUGCAUGGUGUGGUUCACUUGUAUUUUUCAGUGAAAUAGAAUGUAAAAAACUUGAGUGCAUGUUGAUGCAUCUUGUAGGUAUACAAGAAAGAGGAUUAAGAAAUAAAUAAAAUUAUAAAAAUAUAGAUAAGAGAGACUAAAGGACAAAACUCCAUGAUGCAAAUUCAAAAGUUAAGAAAAAUUUCUAAAAGAUGAUCACCUGAUUUCUGAGCAUGACACGAUUAUUUUGUUCAAUUUUGACUAUAUUCACAAAUAUCCAGGCAUUCUUUAUGGAAGUUACAGAGUGCAGAGCUGUUUAAUUGGACCUGACCCAUGGUGUUUUUAGAUUGGGUUUUUAGCUAUUUUAAGUACUUAUGAUAAAUCUAUGUAUACAAGCAUUAGGUAAAGAAAAUGCUUCCCUUGGUUAAACAUCAUUGAACAUCAGGAGAUCUCAAGAAUCUGCUCUUUAGGAUUAAUAAUGACUUUGGUUUUUCAAGCUCGGUGCAAAGCAUUUUGAGCUGUGUUUCUGAUUACAAAAUGUUAGUAUUACUGUAGUACGUGAUUACUUUGUGAUCAGCUUCACUUGUAAAGAAAAUUUUACCAAUUCAUUUGUAGAUGUUUUAUAAAAGCAUUCCUCCUUCUCUUGUACUGCAGUGUCUAAGACAAGGAAGAAUGUUUUUCAAAAAUGUUCUAGAUAGUUUGAGUGAUAUGCAAUUGCAGCACCAGAAAACUGUGCCGGUAGUAGCUGUUUUCGUUUUCUGGUAUCUUAUUCUUGACAACUGUGCUUGAGCUAUUAACUGCAUCAGGGAUAGUGUGUGGUCUCUGUUGUUGAAACAGUUACACAGCAUAUUUUUUGUCGGUUUGAAUUUUCAUGGGUUUAAAAUUUUCUUGGUAUAUUUUUCCAGUUCCCGAUUUCAUUUGUCAAAAAUGUCAGCUCAUACUUACUGUCAAGACUGAUAAGUUCAUGUUGUGUGCUUUUUUUACUAUAGUAAUACAACAUAUGAUUGACUGAUGGCAAUAAUGCAACUAAGAAUACAGCUCACCGCUUUUACUGAACAUAGAAUAGUUAACCUGCCUUUCUUAGUAAAAUCGUAUGGCUGUAAAUUGGAAAUGGUGUGGCUUGGUUUGCUGAAGCUUUCCUUCCACUGGACAAGCAAGAAAUAAAAAUAGGAACAGCAAUAGAUCUGGAUGUUGUAGAUAUUUCAUGAACAUUGUCAACAACAAUUUCUGAAGUGGAUGGAAUCUCAUCAUCAGUUUGUACUCUUAUGGCAGUUGCACUCAGGGAUGAAAAAUAAUUUUUGAUAUCCAUUUCUUUCUUUUGUAUUAAACUUGUACUGUGCUAUUUCACACAGUCAAACACAAAAAUUAUAGGUGACUAGAAUAGUUAAAUAUCAUAAGAUUUAGUACAAGGACAAACCAAAUGGUGCAUUUGUUUUGGGCUGCUCCUGUAUGAAAUAUACUACAAAAGUUACAUACAAUUAUGAAGCACCAUGUUGUUACAGUUCGUGUUGCCAGGUCUGGUCAUAUUCUUAUCUGACUAUCCUGUAUCUUGACACUAGCCCUGCAGCAUAGUUCCAUUUCCAUUGCAUAAGACACUGUUGUAAGACUGUUCAUAGUAUAACCUUUCUCCCUUCUGCUUUCCAUAAGAACAUUGAUUUUUCAGUGGCUGUUUCAAUAGUUUGGUCACACAGAAAUCUACAGUGCUAUGUCUAGCAACUUGACUGGUAUGUCUUCAUGUGGAAUAACAUUAAUACCUGUUUCAUUCUCCAGCUGCUUGAGGUAUGUUACAGUUGAACAGAUAUGUUGUGGAAAAAGCUUGUGUAAUUGUGACUUGUGUUGCUUUUCCAGACAGAGAUCUUUCUUGAUUAUGGUGCAUUCUCACCUGGCACAAGACAGUAUACUUUGCAUACCAUGGAUGGUGUAUGUCUUGUUGCAGGUCUCUUUCUGAAUGGCCCUGGUGCCCCAAGUUCAUCCAUAUUCCUUUGUUUUUGAAUGUAAUUAAGUAUAAGUAAUAUCUCCUUGGAAAUCCUAACUCCCUGAUCUGAACAAAUCUUUACAAUCUGAGCUUAUAAAUAUUUUGCAUCUGAAAGUGCUGUUUCAUACCCUUUCCAAAAGCAAUCAAUUUUGGUGGCAUCACUACCUAAGAAAGCCAAGCAAUGUCAAAAUAUUGUUUUGAUAAAUUAUAUUUCAACCAAAGUUUAUUAUAACAGCUGUGGUUUUCAUGUGAUUUGUUGAUUUGCGUAUUCAAAAUUAUUUUAAUAUAAUGUACUCAACCAUUUAUUUAAUGUUCAAUGAUGGAAAGUUAGAUAUAAUUUGCAUUAGACUAUGAAAUUCCAGAAGAAAAAUGUUGGUGGGGUCUAGUCAGUAUUUGAAUUUCUUAUUCCAAAUUACUGGGGAGGGGGGUUCAGAUCCCUUAAUUCUAAAGAUCUUCAUUUAUUAAACCUAUAAAUUAUGGUUUAAAAUGUGACUAAGUGAAAAUAGAUAUGCAUGUACAACUAACUUUAAUACUAAAAAACAUUUAUAAUAAAAAGGAACACCAAUAAUCAAUUAAAACUUUGUAAAAACACCAAUAAAGAGAAGGUUGUUGUUAUUAUUAUGCUU